CAAACCACUUGUACCAAUUACUUUCGCUUUGUCAUUCCUCGUAUAUCAUAAUCAAACGACGUAGUUCAUUUGGAUUAUUUUCCUGCUCAUACAAAAGAGCACAUUAAAAAUCGAUCAAUGGAUUAAUGUUCCCAAAGGGGGCGGUGGUGUUGCAGGGGAUGGUGGAGGUGUUGACUGGGUAAGGAAGAGGUUUGCCAAUGUAUUCGAGAGUGAGAAUGCUUUUUAGUGAUUGGAUGAUAUUUGAAUCGGGCAGUUUCUUUUCAUUUAUUUGGAUGACAUUAUUCUAAGGGUUUUUUAUCUGAAGAAUCAACGAUUUUUAUGGAAAUGUACAGUGUGAUUGUGCUGUUCGUGCCGAUCAGUUUUGCGUUUAAAUUUGUUUGUAAUGCAAAUAUAUGUUGGCUGAGUCAUUAUAACCCAAACAAGGACGGGACGUUCAUGUUUAAAUACGUUCAAGAGAAUAUGUCCCUUAACAUUCAAGAUCUUGACUCUUCCGAAAUCUCCUAUGUGCUAUUGGAUAGAAUUCCUGGAACGGAGUUGGUGGUAGCACAUUCUCCUGAUGUUAAACGAUUGCACAUUUCUCGGAAUAAUAGAAUGAUCAGUCUGACGAUAAUGGAGACAGGCAUAAUCUCAGUGGAGUGUGAUCUGAAUGAAAACCUUCGUGAACUGAUUAUUACAUCAAGUCCCCUUGCAACUAUCUCGGCUUCAAUAAUCAAUCUGAAAAACCUAGAAAAUCUAACAAUACAAUCAUGCCUGAUUCGUCAACUAGAUUUGGGUGUGUUUUGUGAUUUGAAGUCCUUAAAUUUUCUGUCCUUAUCUAAGAAUAAAAUUCAGUCCAUCGUUAGUAGGGUGAAGAGUUCACCAUGUAGAUUAACUAUGACUAUUAUCAUUCUGCGAGGAAAUGAAAUAAGAGUUCUGAAUCUAGAGUUAUUCAAUCGAUGCUAUAAACUGAAAAGGCUGGAGUUUCAAAGCAAUCAAAUAGAAUUGGUUACCGGUAGAUUUGCGAACAAGGCCAUUGAGAGUAUCGAUUUGAACAAGAAUCGGAUAAAUCAACUGAAUUUGUGUCAAUGGGACACACCAUCUUUGGAGGAAUUGAAGCUUGAUAUGAACUCCCUGUUAGCUGUGCCGGCGUGUGUCGAUAAAAUCAAGAGCUUAGAAAUCAUCAACAUGUCGUACAAUAAUCUUACUCACAUCAACUAUAGCUGGUUGGAAUCCUUGAAAAAUUUAAAAAUCUUAGAUAUACAUAUGAAUAAUAUUGAUAGCGUAACUCUCGACAGUUUUCCCAAGAAUCUCGGUAACACGGGCUUAACUGGAAGUGCAUCAAAAUCCGAGGAUUAUUCAAAUGUUGCAGGAUCCAAACUGUGUGUUAAACUAGAAUCUAAUGUAUGUAGUUGCUUAAAUGCAUCUGAAUUAGCUUAAACGUGGAUUUCGAGGAUGAUUUCUAGGUAUGAAUGAUACUUACUACUUGUAUUUACCUCAUUUACUUCAAUUGCACGCUUCAAAAUGCAUU